AUGCUCAUCCUAUGAGUAUCAUACUGGAAAAAGGUAGUCAUCAUGUCGAUAAGGGUCGCAUUUGCUCGUAAUCCUCCAGAUGCCUUUUCGAACUGUCUUCACUUUCCAACCCUUGAUCCAACUUUUAGUUGUCCAUUUCCAGGAUGGUGUGCUGAGGUGAUGAAAAUGCUUGCCGAUUCGCUGAAACUUGAAAUAGACACAGUGCUCUUCGACAACGAUGUUGGAUCCCUUAAUUGGGGAACUUUACAGAAAAAUGAUUCAUGGACAGGAGUUCUAAGCUAUUUGGCUGACAACAUAACUGACAGUGCCUGCUUGUUCUAUCAAAGGACAGAUUUGCGAGAGCAGUACUUCGAGUUAUCAUAUCCGGUAACAAAUGUGCAACCAGUUUAUGUGGUCAGAAGGCAAAAGACUACGAUUGGUUCCGUAUUGUGGAAUGCUUUCAAACCAUAUUCUUAUACAACAUGGCUAGGCAUACUAGGUAAGGGUAAACUUUUGCGAUUAACUCGUAGAGUAUGUUAACA